AUGGCCAGCCCUGGGUCGCUCUGCCGCCACGGAGUAAGCGCCUCUCCCGUCGCACUACAAUUCCUGGACGAGUCCCAGGAAAUCCGGGCGCAAUAUGACUCGGAUUUCUCCCCUUUUGAUAAUGACCCGCCGGCGCCACCAUCAAAUCCAUCAUCCCGCCAUGGCUCAUCAAUCACACCCAGUGCAAUCAACCAAGUGGAGACUCCACCACCGUCCAUCAUCAGCCCAACAGAAGGCUUAACGGUGCUGUCAUUGCUCAACUCGGAGUCUCCAGGCCAGACGCAUCACUCCUUCUCAACCCCUCCAGCUCUCCAAGUACUCGAAGCGCAUAGGCCUCCUUCCCCUCGAGCACAUCAUGAACAGAACACAUUUGUGCACCAACAGCCAGCAGGACUUCCGAUCUUCUGGCCGCUUGAACAUGAACAGGAAGCAAUGCUACUUGGCCAUUACAUUGACAAUGUCGCCCUUUUCUUUGACAUGAUCGACGAUAGACGCCAUUUUGGCAAUCAUGUUGUACAAAGAGCCAAGAAGAAUAGCACUUUGAUGAACGCCAUCCUUGCGCUUUCUGCACGACACCUUAGUCGAACUUGUGGUUUCGACGCAUACGUCGCUGAUGCUUACUAUCAACGUUGCUUCGAGACCCUCAUUCCCGCUUUGAACGAUACAGUCGCUAUUCGGGAUGAAUCGCUAUUGGCUGCAACCAUUCUUCUGAGGCUGAUGGAAGAGAUGAACAUUUCCAUUCUAGGCUCUGAUCCACAAGGGCACUUGCUGGGUACCCAAGCCAUAAUUCGUGCUGCAGAACAGCAAUAUGCCGGAAAUUCUGGCCCUGACUUCAGACAAGCCAUCUAUUGGGCGGCCUUUCGCCAGGAGCUCUGGAUUUCUCUAAUGACGCAGCGACCAUUCCAGCUACAUAUAUUCCCAACUGAUCGGUCAUUGGAUCCUGCAAAUGACUCGAUUUGGGCCACAAGGACCAUCGCUCACCUCGGCGAGGUCUGCAAUUUUGCGUUCGGCGAGGACAGACAUAACGUGCUUCGGUACAAUCAACUAAUGGAUGACAACGCUGCAUGGCGUACACGCCGACCGGAGAGUUUUGAACCAUACUUUUUCCGCCAAGACCGAGAUGGUAGUGGAAGAGACUUUCCUGAUAUCAGAUUUCAUGAGAAGACACAUGUGAUGGGGACACAAUACAAUACAUUGGCGCGUGUCUUGCUCGUUGUUCACAACCCGACUAUUCCACAACUGGGUCCUUCCCACAAACAAUCACGCCAGAACGUAGAUCGAGUGGUACAAGAAGCCGUCCGGACUUUGUGUGGUGUCGCACUCUCGAAUGCGAAGAUUUUUCCUUGCAAAUUUGUAGCUUGCUUUGCCAUCGCACUAGUGGGCGACCGAUUUUCCAACCACGAGGAUCAGAAAAAGCUACAUGAUAUACUUCUUCAGACCGAAUCUGCGCACGGAUUCCCACCUACCGCUACGAUCCACCUGCUGGAGGAAGCAUGGGGUUGGGCUAAUUCCUGA